GUUACACAUUGUUGUUCCGAUCGUUCCCGGACCGUUUUGAAAAACUGCAGACAUGAAAGCUUUCGUGGUGCUCGCUGCUGUGUGUUUUAUGGCCGUCGCCGCAGCUCCUACUGGGGAGGAAGCUGCCGCAGCGUCUGCCUCGGAUUCGGCGGCCACCGAUGGGGAAAAUAAGAAAGACGGAGUGGAAGAAAGAGGCCUGUACGGCGGAGGUUUCGGAGGACCCGGAAUCGGCUUGGGAGGGGGCUACGGAGGGGGCUACGGAGGAGGCUUCGGCGGUGGUCACGCCGGAGGCCAUUUCAACCAAGGUUCCGGUGCAGCGGGAGGGUACCAAAACCAGGGAGCUUUCGGCUAUAACAAAGGUGGAUCAUCCUCGAACGUCUACGGGAACCGAGAAAGCUUCGGUUCCUCGACCGCUUUCGGCCAGGCUCAGAACUCUGGAGUUUCAUCCGCUGCCGGUCAAAACGCCUACGGAAACCAGUUCAACAAGGGCCAAUACGCUCAGGGUGGCAACCAGUUCGGACAGGGAGGAGGCUACGGAUACGGCCGAUAAUAAUCUGUGAUAUGCUCAAAAGAUGAGAGAGUUCAAAGCUCGGAUCUCUUAGGCUAGCGGAAAGCCAGAAAUCGUGUAAUAUAUUGUCAUGCCUACAUUGUGCAGAAUCUCAAUCUCCGACGAGUUCAAAAGAGCGUGGCACGGGAUAUAAAGAUGUAUUGACAAAGAUAUGCUGAA